AUGUAUAAAAAAUCAAUAGUUCGUAUUGAAAAUGAAAAUAAAACUGAUCUAAGCAAUCCAGCUUUGAAUGAUAUUAUAGCAACAAAUCAUGUUGUACUUACAAAGAAACCACGUGAAGAACGAUUAUCACGUGCAUGUAAAGCUGCUAUUUUUAUAAUUCUUGGUCUUGUUGUUAUUGGCAUUGUUAUACUUACAUUGAUAAUUGCGAAUUCUAGUAAUAAACUUAUGGCUGUUAUAUCACGACCUGCUGAAACAAAUCUUUUACCACCGUCAAAUAAUAGUCGAUUUCUUUUUGUAAAUCAAGAAAAUUUGACAACAAUAACCAAUGAGCAAACAGAAAAUGAAUAUUGGCCAGAAACAACUGUCAUUUUGACAAGUAAUAAUUUACAUACGUUAACAACUCAAAAUGUUCAUAUGUCAUCAUCAAUAAUGGGAACAAAACAAAAUGAGCAUGUAUAUUCUGAUACACAAUCAAUGAAAACUUAUCCAUCAUCGGAUACAAUAGCUAAUGAACAAACGACUAUAUCGACUACUAUGCAAACAACAGUAUUUAAUCAACAAACAACAGUAUCUAAUCAACAAACAACAUUGGCACCUAAUAGUCAUCACUUCACCACUACGAUGACGACAAAAAACGAAUUAACAACGAUAAUGGAAAGUCAAGAAUAUAUUGAGAUGUCAUCAAAUAGUACAAUGAUGAGUAUUGUUGAAACUCAAGAUAAUACAACACCAAUGCUUGAAGACACAUCAUUUACUAUUUUUUUAAAUCGUCAUUUUAAUAUUGAAUCCUCAACAAUUACCAAUGAUGAUGAGAAGAAAAUAGAAAAGUCGGCUGAAAAAAUUAAGAACAAACCAACAGAAGAAGAUAUUAAAGACAAUACUUUAUUUUCAUGA